AUUGUAUAUAUGUAAAUAAUCAAAAGGUUCUCAGUUACGAAAAUUCUGAAGAAGCCGUAGUAUAUUGUUAGACACCAAUUUUAUAACUUUAUUUGUUUACCUACUCAUACCAAAAAGCAUGUCAUAAAACUUUGAAUUAUUUGUAUAAUCACCAGCUUGAAAUAAUAAAAAGACAAAUGCUAAAUUCGAGGGGCUCUAACUCUGUACCUCAAGAUGGUGUCCCUUCCAGAAGAGUUUUUCCAUCCUGGCAUCUCAAUGACAAAAUUCCGGCUCGACUAGUGCUUUAUUUUCUUUCCUGGUCUGGUUUUCUGGUCUCUUUUAUGAUGCGCAACGAUAUGAAUUUUGCUUUGGUAGCUAUGACUUCAAAUCGGAAUUCAACUGAAAGCCAAUAUUUAAAUGGCUCGCAAACAAUUUUGGGUAGUGGCAAUGAAGACCAAAUAAGUAUUGUGAAGUCGGUUAUAAUAAGUUCAUUCUACUGGUGCUACGUGCUAUCACAGGUGGUAGGUGGGGUUGCAACAGAAUUAUUUGGGACGAAGUGCGUAUUCGGAUGGUCACAGUUAGCAACAGCUUUAUGUAGUAUUCUGAUGCCGUUAGCAGCUCGAUUACAUUACAUAGCUGUUAUUGUGUUAAGAUCUCUUCAGGGAUUUGCCUCUGGCUUGACGUGGCCUGCCAUGUAUGCAAUAGUUGGCUAUUGGAUACCACUUACUGAGCGUUCCCGUUUCAUGUCAAGUUUUCAAGGUUUUAGCAUUGGGAUUGGCUUAACAUACCCUUUGUGUGGAUUUAUUUUAUCAGAAUUUGGUUGGCCAUAUGUUUUUUAUACAACAGGUACUCUAGGGCUUGGAUGGUGUGCAUUAUGGUAUUUUCUUGCUUUUAAUACACCCCAGGAGCACCCUCGUAUUACUGAAGAAGAACUUAAUUACAUAGAACUUAACGUUAGUAAAGAGAUAAACAAUGCUUCUAAGGUUAAAGUUCCUUGGCUGCAAAUAUUUAGUUCCUUACCUGCGUGGGCAAUUGCUAUAACGACAUUUGGCAGAAUAUAUGUGCAUUAUAUAUUUAUUGUUAAUGGACCCACUUUUAUUGGAAAUGUUUUAAAAUUUAAUUUUGAAACAAAUGGCUUUAUAUCUGGAAUGCCAUUUAUUUGCUCAUAUAUUUCAUCGGUUUUUUUUUGUUAUAUUGCUGACAAGUUAAUAUUGCAUAAAAUUUUAAAUCUUACUAAUGUAAGAAAAUUAUUUACAGCUAUAUCACAAAUUAUUCCAGGAAUCUUAAUAUAUUGUAUCGGUUAUAUAGAUAGUGUACACAUAUUGUUACCAAUUUGGUUUAUGGCGGUGAUAUUUAUAACUGCAUCAUAUGCAGGAGCAAUGGCCAAUAUAAUUGACCUAGCCCCAAAUUUUGGACAUUCUGCUGCCGUUUUGGCUUUUUGUCAAACAAUUCAUAUGUCUGCGUCCUUUAUUUCUCCGUUGACUACUGGAUUUAUUGUCACUCGAGAGGACUCAAUUGAUCAGUGGCGCAGCGUGUUUGGAGUUUCCGCCAUUAUUUCAAUAUUAACCUAUCUUGUUUAUCAAAUUUUCGGGACCGCCGAAAUACAAUCCUGGAAUAAAGAGUUUUCAACAAAUGUCGAUUUAGAUGAAGGAAAGGUGUUAUCAAAACCAAAGGAAACCAUUAGUCUAAUUUAAUAUAGUAGAAUUUCAAAUAGGGCCCUGUUUGUACCAUAUUGAAUAUUUUGUUAUUAUUUAUUUGAUAUUGUCCUAAUAAAAUAUCUGUUUUUAAUUAUCGA